GAAAGAGAAAGGUGCCCCGGCAGAUAAGAGGACCCGAUGGAGGCUACAGCAGAUCCCGCAGUGCCUGACAUGUGGACGACUUCACCGAGGCGAGUGUCGCUUUGGUCAGGAUGUAUGCUACUAUUGUCACGAGUCCGGACACUUCGCGAACCGUUGUCCGAAGAAGGCUCAGCAGCCUCAGCAGCCACCACAGCAGCAGCAGCCCC